GGGGUGGCGCGGACUCCAUCGCUGGCGUUGGCUCUCUUCCGAGCCAGGUGGAGCGGCGGAAAGCCGGAGGGUCGACGGCCGUGCCAGCUUGAACACCCCCGUCCUCGUCUCAUCUCAGAAGCUAAGCAGGGUCGGGCCUGAUUAGAAGAGGAGCCAUGUCAGAAGAAACCAUAAGUGAAUCACAGUUUUCCUUGAAGACAGCAGCACUAAGAGUGUUUGACCUUCCUCUGUCUUGGUACUAUUCUGUCUCCCAGAUCAGAUUUUCUCCAGUGGCUAAAAAGUUGUUUGUGGUAACUGCAGUGAGUGCUAUAUCUGUAAUUUUUCUGGCCCAUCACUUUAAAAGAAAACGUGGAAAGAAGAAAGGAAAAAUAUUACCAUGGGAACCAGAGCACCUCAUACUUGAACACACUAAAAAAGCAGCAUCAGACAAAGGUUCAAGUUGUUCCAGUAGCAGACAGAAUUUGACAUUAUCUUUAAGUUCUACCAAAGACAAAGGAUCUCAGUCUUGCAACUAUGCUAAUGGAGGACUUUUCAGUAAAUACUCAGGUUCUGCACAGAGUUUGGCCUCUGUCCAGAGUGUCAAUUCUUGUCAUAGCUGUGCUUGUGGCAAUUCUAAUUCCUGGGACAAAGCAGAUGAAGAUGAUAUUAAGCUUGUUAAUAUUCCUGUGACGACUCCAGAGAACUUAUACUUAAUGGGUAUGGAAUUGUUUGAAGAGGCAUUGCGUCGAUGGGAACAAGCUCUAACCUUUCGCAAUAGACAGGCUGAAGAUGAGGCCUGUGGUUCCAUUAAGAUGGGUGCAGGAGAUGCCAUUGCUGAAGAAAAUGUAGAUGAUAUUAUUAGUACUGAAUUUAUCCAUAAACUUGAAGCUCUGCUGCAGAGAGCCUAUCGUCUCCAAGAGGAGUUUGAAGCUACCCUUGGGGCAUCUGAUCCUAAUUCCCUUGCUGAUGAUAUUGUAGGGACGGGGUUUUGCGAUGUUGGCCAGGCUGGUCUCGAACUCCUGACCUUAGGUGAUCUGCCCACCUCAGCCUCCCAGUAUGCUGAUAUUACAGAUAGAGAUACAGAUAUCACCAUGAAGGGGAACGUGGAUGACUUUGGCCUGCGAGAUACCUUGAGCAUCGCAUCCACGGAUUCCUUUGCUUCAGCAGCAGAGCUUGCAGAACACAGAGAAGUACGGCAUACCUACAGCUUGGAGUCCCUGUGUCACUGCCCGUUUUACGAGGAAGCCAUGCAUUUAGUUGAAGAAGGAAAAAUUUACUCCAGAGUACUGAGAACUGAAAUGUUGGAGUGCCUCGGAGACAGUGAUUUUCUUGCCAAACUUCACUGUAUUCGACAGGCUUUUCAGGUAAUUCUUUCAGAAUCAGCCAACAGGAUAUUCCUCGCUGAGAGUGGAAGGAAAAUUUUAUCAGCUUUAAUUGUGAAAGCACGAAAGAAUCCCAAGAAGUUUGAAGAUGUUUUUGAUGAAAUGAUCUAUUUUUUAGAGCAGACCGAUCAUUGGGGUAGUACUGAAAUGGAACUUGCUGCUAGAGGGGUGAAAAAUCUAAAUUUUUAUGAUGUUGUUCUGGAUUUUAUAUUAAUGGAUUCCUUUGAAGAUUUGGAAAACCCACCCACAUCCAUACAGAAUGUAGUAAAUAAUCGAUGGCUAAACUCAUCCUUCAAAGAAACAGCUGUGGCUUCAAGUUGUUGGUCGGUGCUGAAACAGAAAAGGCAGCAGAUGAAGAUCCCAGAUGGAUUUUUUGCCCAUUUUUAUGCCAUUUGUGAACACAUCAGCCCUGUCCUAGCCUGGGGCUUUUUGGGUCCUAGAAAUUCUCUCUAUGAUUUAUGUUGCUUUUUUAAGAAUCAAGUUCUUUUAUUUCUCAAAGACAUUUUUGACUUUGAAAAGGUACGUUAUUCAAGUGCAGAGACUUUGGCUGAAGACCUCAAGCAGUUACUCAUUCGCCGCACUGAGCUUUUAAUGGCCUAUCUUGAAGCAGAUGCCCUGAGGCAUAUGAGUAGUUGUCUAAGUGGUCAUGGUCAUGUUAUGCCUACUGGGCUACUGGAAGCCAAAGUACAAUAAGUACCAUGAGGAUCAUACAGUUUGAGUGUGCUAUAAAGUAUUUUAAGGUAACUAUUGAUUUUGUAACAUACAUACAAAAUCAGCAGAAAUGGUGCAUGUGGAUUCAGGGAGGAAUAAAAAUCUAGUAAAAAACGAGCAACUGUACUAUAUUUAUACAGCAGUUCUGUCGUUGAAUUCCUGUGUAGUAUAGUCAAAGUGGCUUUUUACACUCAUUAAGUAAUAAUCAAAGUCAUGAAAUGUGUAUUUUACAGAAAUACUGCUUGAAUUGAAGCCAAUAUUUGGGAGUUAAUUGGUUUGUCGUCUUGAAGCUGUCAUUCUCAAAAGCUGUUUUUCUGCUUUGCACCUUGAAAAUAUACACGUUAGCCAAGAUCUUUGUGGCCCACACAUGCAAGAAUAUACUACUCCUAGUGUCAAUAUAUUUAACUUUGCAUAGAAACGUAUUUUUAAUUAUAAAGUUAUUCAUUUGUUGAAUCAAGUUUAGGCAGUAAUGCUGUUUAAUAUGUACUGCAUACAAUAUUGCUUGUGUAUUUGCUUACGUAUUUGAAUCAAAGAAAUUGUAAUCACUGAAUAUUGUUAUAGAACAUUUAAAUGGACCACUUGUGGUAGCUCAUGCCCGUGACACUUCGGGAGGCUGAGGCAGAAGGAUAGUUUGAGGCCAGGUGGUUUAAACUAGCAUGGACAGCAUAAGGAGAACCCCCUCCCCAUCUCCACAAAAAUAUAAAAAUAAAUUAGUUGGUAUCAAGCAGAGUUCCAUGGAAAUAUUAAAAAAUUUUUUUAAAAAUAAAAAUAGGCCAGGCAUGGUAGUUCAUGCCUGUAAUCUCAGCAUUUUGGGAGGCUAAGGCAGGCGGAUCACCUGAGGUCACGAUUUUUGAGUCCAGCCUCACCAAUAUGGUGAAAUACCAUCUGUACUAAAAAUACAAACAUUAGCUAGGCAUGGUGGCAUGUGCCUAUAGUCCCAGUGACUAGGAAGGCUGAGAGAGGAGAAUUGCUUGUACCAAUAAGGUGGAGGUUGCAGAGAGCCAAGAUCGCACCACAGUACUCCAGCUUGGGCAACAAAGUGAGAGUCUGUCUCAAAAAAUAAAUAAAUUAAAUUAAUUAGUUGGAUAUGGUGGCUUGUGCCUGUGGCCCCAGCUACUUGGGAGGCUGAGGUGGGAGGAUAACUUGAGUCCAGAAGGUCAAGGCUGUUGUGAGCCCUGAUUGCACCACUGCACUCCAGCCUGGGCAACAGAGUAAGACCCUAUUUCAAAAGUGAAUAAAUAAAAUAAAACAUUUAAAUGAAUUGACAUUGAGAAAUCUACAGUUUACAAAUUUAUAUUAUAUUAACUGUAGUUUCCAAAAUAUGUUACUGUUGGUCCUGUAAGUUACAAAGAGACUGAAGAACUUUCUUUUUAUAUAUUAGAGCAUUUUUCCCCUGGAAUAUUGAUUAAAAAGAUAACAUUUAUUAAUUAAUAAAGGUAAUUUAAAAUUUAAUAUUAUUUGGAGACUGUCAACAUCUGAAGGUAUAAAACUUGGUAGAGAAAAUAAUUUCCCCUUUCUCCUCCAAAACUGCUUUUUAGUUAGUUAUUCCCACAGAAAACUCAGCACAGUGGGAAUUUGUCAUAUUAUGCCCAUAUUUUUAAAAUAUUCACACUUUGAAUAUUACUGACACUUUAAAGAAGGGUUUGUUUCCUCCCUUGAAUGUAAAACAAAAAUAUUUGUAAUGAUGUGGAAGUAUAUAUUUUAUGUUCACUAUGAUAAAUCUAUAAACAAAUGAGUUGUUUUUAUGAGUGAGGUUCUUCUAUAAGAAUAUAUUAAUAUAUUCAGAGUUGUAUUAAUUUUUUUUCUGAAUAAUAUCCACUUAUUUGGAGUGGCUAACUCAGUAUGUAAGUAGAGUAGAUUUGUUUGUUUGCUCCUAAAAUGGGCUUAUUUAUUUUAGGAGUGAACUGCACAAAAGAACCUAAAAUGCAUUGUUUUGUUUCUUCUUCUGAGAGACGGGGUCUCGCUCUGUUGCCCAGGCUGCAGUGCAGUGCGCUAUCACAGCUCACCUCAGUCUCCAGCUCCUCACACCAGAGGCAUGUGUCACUAUCUCUCGACUGCUAAAAUGCAUUUUUAAAAAGUGAAUUUUUAGAUUAAAGUGCCUAGUUUCUGAUUAAUAAAUAGAAGAUGAAAAGUAUGGGAGGAGAGCGUAAUCUUUUAAGAUUUUUAAUUUCUGUAUGUGCCAUAUUUAUGUAAAUUAACUAAAAUAUUCUGAAUCAUGCUGUUUUGCAUGUACUUUGUAGGUUAUUUAGCAUUAAAAUACAAAUUAUCACUGUUCUGUAGUAUAUAGCUCCUAGACUUUUCUUACAUAGAUGUUUAACAAUUCCCUAUUUAUAACUCUUAUUAUUGAUGAGAAUACGAUGAGAAGUACCAAAACUAAAAAUUCCAUUAUUUACUGUUUACUUUUUCUUUUAACAUUCCGUGUUUUUACCUUGCUGCAGUACCUCUGGUCUUCAGUGAUACACAGACAUAUGUGUGCGUGCACAUGCAUUUCCUUACCAUGUAGACAAGGCAGUUAUUGCCUAUGUUAAUUUACCCAUUUGAGGGCUAAGUGUUUUAAGCUGUGGUUUUAUAAGAAAAGCUGUAAGUAAGCAGAAUUACUUUUUUAUUUUAGAAAGACAUUAUUUGAAAUCAGUUUUGAAGAAUUGCACUAUUUGAUAAUGCUGCUACUAUGUGGGAUAACUCUGGGGAAUUAAUUUUAUGAGAUAAGUUGAAUGGCUUUCUAGACAGUGUUGUUUUUUGUUUGUUGUAUGUUUGUUUUUCUCUUUUACAUUUCAUCUUUGAAAAGUUGCUUAUAUUCAGGAGGUUGGUUUGUCAAAUUCAGUGCUUGAGUUUGUUUCCGGUCCGUUCAGUAUCUGCUACUUUAGCAAGAUGCUUUCUUUGUUGUGGCCUUUCACAAAACAGAUAAGAGUGACCAAAUAGAAUUUCAGGAUAAUAAGUAUAGGAAAAACCUCUCUAUUGUGAGAGAAGAAACUUGAACUUUUUAAAGGAAAUGUCGUCUUGAAAAGAACAUUUCUGACUGCAUGCAGAAGGGUGCUUAAGACAGAUAACAGGCCAGGUGCAGUGGCUCACACCUGUAAUCUCAGCACUUUGGGAGGCCUAGAAGGGCCAAUGACCUGAGGCCGAGAGUUCGAGGCCAGCUUGACCAACAUGGAGAAACCCCAUCUCUACUAAAAAUACAAAAUUAGCUGGGCAUGAUGGCAUGUGCCUGUAAUCCCAGCUACUCAGGAGGCUGAGGCAGGAGAAUCGUUGAACCUGGGAGGUGGAGGUUGCAGUGAGCCAAGAUUGCACCAAGGCACUCUAUCUAGCCUGGGCACCAAGAGCAAAACUCCAUUUCAAAAAAAAAAAAAAAAAAAGACAUGUAAUAGUUUCCAUUUGCCUUAAAACUGGGUUAAGUAGCAAAAGCAAUGUUUUAAAAAUGAUUAGUUUAGAGCCUUUUAGGGUAAACCCUGUUUAAACACUGACUCAUGGUAGUAUUAGCAGGAAAUUGCCCUUGCCACUAUACAUCCCACCAUCCACUUCCAUAUGUAAAUUAUAAGAGGGCCUUCAAUUAGUUAGUCCUGGGAAAAUGGCCUUUUGUUUUGAAGAAAGAAGAUAAAUUUUCAGGCAAUUUACAUUUGGUAUUUCAUUUAAUUUUCUUUUUUGUAUUUUGAUUUCUCUACAUUUUUGUUCAACUCUUUUAAGUACUUAUUUGUUCUUGAAGGUUAAGAUUAUGUUUAUUAAGUAUCAUAAUGGAAUUAUCUUUUAAAAAAGAAGACAAAUUUUCCAUACUGUAAUAAGCUCCAAAGAACUUUGUUUUUCUCAUAAAGUAAUAUUCUUUAUUUGCAUCCAUUUACUAUGAUUCUGUUGAUUUGUUGAAUUAAGUGACUUUAUAAAAAUAUAUAAAAAUGUUUUCUUGCCUUAAAAUGUAACAUUUUCUACUUAAAUUUAAUUUCUAAGAGAGUGAUUAUUUGCAUUGCAAAGGAAUUCUUAGUAAUUCCUGUAAGCCUAGGAAAUAGGAAUGCCAAAGUAACAUUUAGUGAACUUUUCUGUAACUUUUCAUAAUGAGAAAUUUGAACUUAUGUUAAUAUAACCCAUUUACUUUUAUUUUAAUGUGAAUAUAUACUCAGAAAUCAUUUGAUGUAAAUUUCAAAGUGAUUAUAGGAAUUAAGCUGAAUUCAGAUUUUUUUUGCUUAGUCAGAUUAAGAAAUACGUAUGUGAAAUUUAAAAAUGUAUAUAAAACCUAUGAUUAAUGGAAAUAAGAGCAUUCCUACUUUGUCCCUAAUGAUUGUUACUGUUGUGUUGAGUUUGAGAACAACCAUGUGUUAGCUUCACUUGGCUGCUAUCAGUACAUGUUUCUGUUUCCUGAAUGUAAGGGCUGCACUCAUUAAUUUGUGUAAAAGUAAAACACUACAGUAGCAAAAAACGUUGCACUGGCUCUUUAGCCAAAAUAAGCACUGUAACAUGGAUGUAUUACUAUUACUGCCGAAUAAAGAAGUGAUAGUA